AUGAUCGCCUCGAGCCCGUCGUUCUGGGCCGCCGCCGCCCUCUCCCUCGCCCCCUCGGCACUCGCCCUCGUCAACUACCCCAUCGAGUUCACCGAGCCCAAGAACAUCCUCGAGCGCACUUAUAACAAUGUCACCAUUGACGCCCAGCAGACCAUCAUCAAGUGGGCCGACAUGCUCGACACGCGGGCCGUCACGAACAAGGACAUUCUCGCCCCGUCGGGCGACAAGCACGACUACAUGUCCUGGAAGCCCUACAACUGGCCCGACUGCUCCAACGUCGGCAACACGACCGAGCUCACGCUCGAGCAGCAGUUCAAGCAGUGCAACUUUGUGAACAUUGACGGCAAGCUGAACCCCGCCGCGCGUGACAUCCACAAUAUUGAGGAUUUCGACGAGAUGGCCAACGCCGUCUUCCUCAACUCGCUCGCGUGGGGCAUCACGCGCUCGGGCGUCUACUCGCAGCGUGUGCGCAAGUACAUCCAGACCUGGUUCCUUAACGAGGACACGUACAUGAACCCGAACCUCAAGUACGCCCAGCUUCAGGGUGGCCCCGACGGCCAGCACGGCACGCACACGGGCAUCCUCGACCUCAAGUCGAUGGCCAAGAUUGCGUCUGGCAUCAUUCUGCUCCGCGACGGCCAGUCGAACGAGUGGGACCAGGACACGGACACGCACUUCCAGGACUGGUGCAAGAACUACACGCAGUGGCUCACGACGGACCAGCAGGCGCUCGACGAGAAGGCCUCGCCCAACAACCACGGCACGUACUACUAUGCCCAGCUUGGCUCGCUCUACGUCAUUGCCAACGACAAGGACAAGGCCGGCGAGACGGCCGACGAGUACUUUAGCACGAUCUACCAGGGCCAGAUCACGCAGGACGGUGACCAGCCGCUCGAGCACGACCGUACCCGCCCUUACCACUACCUGACCUACAACUUGGCGGGUGCGAUCGCCGUGGGCCGCAUUGCCGAGUACGCCGGCAAGCCGCAGUGGGACAAGAAGGCCUCCUCCGGUGCGGGCAUCCAGGACGCGUGCAACUAUGUCAUGAACUUCCCGCCAAAGGAGGAGGCCGCGUCCGAGCUGUGGCCGUACGUCGCGGCCGUUGGAUCCAUCUACGGCGACUCGGACAACAAGUACAGCCAGUGGCUCCAAAAGUCGUCCGACGGGAGCUACUUCACCGACGCAUCGUACUACUGGAACCAGCCGCUCGCCGACGGCCGUAUCCGUCCCGAGCGCGACGCAGUGACCUACGCCGUUGACGGCGGCGUGCGCACCCUCUCGGUUGGCGAGCAGCCCACAGCCGCCCCCGUCUCGCACGGCAAGAACGCUGCGGCCAAGGCUGGUGUCUCGAUCGGUCUCGUCGGUGCUGCCUUCCUCGCCGCUCUCAUCUAA